AUGUCGCCCACGCGUGAUUUUGACUUGACGCCUUGCUUCCAGGCCCUUGUGCUGUGGUUUGCUCCUGCGCUCGCGUUUAUUAUCAUGUCGGUGCACGCACUACGCAAGUGGUCUAGAUGUGAAGUACAGGUGCGCUCAGAAAAUUCGAUGCACAUCCUCCAUGAGAAGGAUGGCAUCAUGUCGGCCGUGACGCUCUUGGGUUUUCUUGAAUUUGUCGUGCUCAUUGGCAUGCGUGGAAACCUGGGCCCUGCUGAGGCCUCUCUCACAGGUGGUGUUCAAAUUCUUGCCUCCGGGGCAAUGUUUCUAUCAUACAUCUUGGCGUUCAUGCUUCAGCACACUAUGCACAUGAAGGCUCGGCAUGGCUCAGAUGAAACGCUCUUACUUUGGACGCUGCACCUGCUCGCGGGCCCCGUGCGUGUGCGGACAAUAAUCCAGAUUACACCUACGUCCACGCUCAUUCACAUGAUGCUGGUCGUCCCACUGUGUAUGCGACUACUGUUUGUGCUCGCUGCUCUGUUCCUUGAGUGUGCAGACGUCGAGAUGGGCGACAACAUUGCGCUUCCCGAAGAUGCUGACGAGGACGUUGAAGCGGAGGCCGAGCAUGAACCGGAGCUGACACCCGAGCUCGCUGCUGAGCGCGAGAUGAUCAAUGAGUUACAGCCCAAAGAGUCGCCGAUGGAGACAGCGCACCUGUUUAGUCGCUUAUUUUUUCACUGGAUGCAGCCUCUCAUGUCGCUUGGCUCUCGCAAAUUUCUGAAGGAGUCAGAUAUGUGGGCUUUGCCUGCCGGUGAAGACACUGAGCAGCUUGGCAACGCCUUCCAGUAUCACUGGAUCAAGUUUUCGCAUGAGGCUCAGGACGCUGGCCUGGACCUCGAAUCCACUGGUAAGACGCGAUUUUGGCGUACUCUCUUUGCUUCGUACGGCCGUCCGUUUGUCAUCGCAGCUGGUUUCAAGGUCGUGCAGGAUAUUCUUGCAUUUGUGCAGCCGCAGCUUUUGCGCAUGCUUCUCGCAUUCGUGCAAAACUGGGAAUGGGCACCGACAGAGGCUCUAAGAGGCACGCCUCUCCGAGGCUUUGUCAUAGCUGCUUUGCUUUUUCUCACAGCAGCCAUUCAGACUCUCAGUUUGCAUCAGUACUUCCAGCUUGUUAGCAUUGCUGGUAUGCGGGCACGCGCAGGCGUCGUCACGGCGCUUUUCCGCAAGAGUUUGCGCCUAUCGAACAAGUCGCGAGGCGAACGAUCCACAGGCGAUGUCGUCAACCUUAUGAGCGUCGACGCCAAUCGCCUGCCUGACUUUCUUAUGUAUGCGCACAUUUUGUGGUCGGCCGUGUUCCAGAUCACUAUUGCGUUCGUAUCGCUAUUCAAUCUGCUUGGCUGGUCAGCAUUUAUUGGUGUCGCUAUUAUGAUGAUCAGCGUACCGGUCAACACGAUGCUUGCGACGUACCUGCGACGCCUAAGUGCCGUGCAGAUGAAGGUGCGUGAUCGCCGCACAGGGUUGAUGAAUGAGAUUAUUCUAAACAUCAAAUCGAUCAAACUGUUCGCAUGGGAAGAAGCCUUUACAAAGCGUUUGUUGGGCGUUCGCAACGAUGAAGAACUUCCUUUGCUCCGCAACAUCGGCGUAGCUAGCGCUGGCUUCAACUUUUUCUGGCAGGCCAUUCCGUUCUUCGUGUCACUAGGCACCUUUAUCGCGUACUCUAUGGUGAAUACACAGCCACUUACUGCUGACAUUGUGUUUCCGGCUUUGUCACUUUAUCAGCUGCUGAACUUUCCCUUGUCUAUGCUUGCUGGCAUUGUUUCAAUGUUCUUACAAACACAGGUGUCGGCAGGUCGCAUGGCAUCAUUUUUCGACAGCGAAGAGCUCGAUGAAAAUGCGCGCAGGAUGCUCAAGGCACCUGCGAGUGUGGGUAGUGACGCUGUACGGUUCCGCAAGGCCUCCUUUGCCUGGAGUAAUGAACAAGAGUCGCCAACGCUUUGCGACCUGGAUCUCACAGUCCACGGUGGAGAGCUUCUUGCCGUCCUGGGCCGCGUUGGCGAUGGCAAGUCGUCGCUACUCUCGGCCAUUUUGGGUGAUAUGGUCAGGCUCCAGGGGCGUAUCUCUGUGCAUGGUCAGCUUGCGUACUUUGUUCAGGGAGGCUGGUGCAUGGGCGCAACGGUUCGAGACAACAUUCUUUUUGGUCGCGCAUACGAUGAGGCACUGUAUCGGCAGUGCCUUUCUGCAUGUGCACUAGAGCCGGACCUUGAGAUGUUGCAACUUGGCGACCAGACUGAGAUUGGUGAGCGUGGUGUGAGUCUGAGUGGUGGCCAACGAGCACGAGUAGCCUUGGCUCGCGCGUGCUACGCCAUGGCGGACAUUUAUCUACUGGACGAUCCGCUCGCUGCCGUUGAUGCCAAUGUCGGCGCACACAUUUGGGAACAUGUGAUUGGCCCGCGUGGUAUGCUUCGACACAAGACGCGCAUUCUGACGCUCAAUGCUGUGUCGUACUUGCCGCAAUGUGAUAAGAUCGUGACGCUGCGAGAAGGCUCAUUAUUGGAGGAACGCGGCACGUUCGAUGAGGUCAUGGCCAUGAGGGGUGAUGUUUAUCGGGUGAUAUCGAGUCUGAAGAAAAAAGAAACGAGCGUUGAGAAGGCGGACACAGAGUCGCCCAUCGAGAGUGAUCAGCACGAAACGCUCCCAGCAUGGAAGCGGUCGCUAGAACCUACAGACCACUGUCAUCGACCCCGGCAGCUGAACAAAGAUGAGCUGAAGGUCUCGACGCUGCGUCAUUUGCGCGAGUCGCAAGCGCCGCAAGAGCUCCAGGAGACUGGGUCUGUGAAAUGGUCUGUGUACCGCGAAUAUGCUCAGAGUGCGUCAACUGUGGGCGUGGUGCUAUUUUGUGUGGCACACGUUCUCACACAAGCAUGCACUAUCGCUCGUGAUGUUGUGCUGAAGCAAUGGAGCGGCGAAAAUGCGCGUCCCAAUGUUGAUACCUCGCGCGCAGCUCGAUACUAUCUGACGCUAUAUGGCUUGAUGGGAAUUUCAACGUCCGUUGGUGUAUGCGUGGCGCCCAUGAUUCUGUAUGUGUGGCUCGUACUGAGCAGUGCGCGGCGCUUCCACGACAGCCUUUUUCUCAAUAUACUGCGGUACCCGCUGCAAUGGUUCGAGACGACGCCGACCGGCCGUCUGCUCAACCUGUUCAGCCGCGACAUCAGUGUAAUUGACGAGGUUCUUCCGCGUGUGAUCCAGGGACUUGCUCGCUCGUCUGUUAUCGUGCUCGGUGUGAUAUGUGUGGUUGCUUACAGUGUUCCGGUGUUCCUCUUGGCUGUUGUGCCGCUUGGGUUGGCCUACCGUGGAGUGAUGCGGUAUUAUCUCGCCUCGAGUCGUGAGCUGAAGCGGAUUGAUGCCGUGUCAAAGUCGCCUAUUUUCACAUGGUUCCAAGAAGCACUGGGUGGACUCUCGACAAUUCGUGCAUUUGGUCAAGCUGAUGCAUUCACGGACUCAUUCGAGGCGCGUGUCGAUCGGAAUCAGAUGUGCUACUUCCCCGCCGUGACGUGCAACCGAUGGCUUGCUGUGCGCAUCGAGUUUCUGGGAUCGACUGUCAUUCUUUUUACCUCGAUGAUGGCCAUCCUCAUGGUAACGACAGGUGGCCGCAUGAGUGCAGGCCUGCUUGGUCUGAUGCUAUCACAGGUACUAGGCACGACACAGACACUGAACUGGGCUGUUCGUUCGGCAUCGGAGGUCGAGCAGAACAUCGUGAGUGUGGAGCGUGUUCUUUCGUAUUCGCAACUGCCCAUGGAGCGUGCGUAUCAUGUGGAAGAGACAGCCCCGACGAGCAAAUGGCCAUCGCAGGGCGUGGUCGAAUUCCGCAAUUACACGACGCGGUAUCGCGAGGGUCUAGAGCCCGUCCUGCGAGGCGUCUCGUUCAAGACACGGCCGAGCGAACGCAUCGGUGUGGUUGGUCGUACGGGAGCGGGCAAGUCGACACUGACUCUAGCACUCUUCCGUAUUCUCGAAGCGACAGGAGGCAGUGUUCUUAUCGACGGCAUCGACAUCGCGACGCUCGGUCUGCAUGAGUUGCGGCAGUCGAUGGCCAUCAUUCCUCAAGAUGCGCAGCUUUGGCAGGGCACUUUACGACAAAAUCUUGAUCCUCUGCAUCAGUACAGUGACGAAGAUCUAUACCGAGUGCUUGAACAAGCGAGACUGCAAUCGAUUGUCGAUGGUCACAGUGCAGGUCUUUUGCAACCUGUAUCAGAAGGUGGCUCGAACUUCUCGUCAGGGCAACGACAACUCAUGUGCAUCGCUCGUGCACUUGUGCGUAGGUCAAGUAUCCUCGUGCUAGAUGAGGCCACAAGCAACAUCGAUCUCGACACGGAUGCACUUAUCCAAAAGAUUGUGCGCAGCGAGUUUUCUGGCACAACCAUCACGAUCGCGCACCGUCUGAAUACGAUCAUGGACUCGGACCGAGUGAUUGUGAUGCGGGAAGGCAAAGUGGCUGAAUUUGAUGCUCCAAGCACGCUACUGAAGAAUAAGGACGGUCUAUUUUACAGCAUGGCUCGUGAGGCAGGUCUUGUUUCAACGUGA